CUCAAAACCAGACCCUCAAGGAAUAGCCAUAACCAAUAGAAUUCUAAAAUAGAAAUUUUAAAUCAUAUAUUUUAAAUUAAGAAAAGGAAAGAAAAAAGGCAAGGUUCUGUGCACGCUGGGCUGUGGCCCCGCCGGGCUGUGGUCAUGGAACCCAGCACCGACUACCUCCGAGAGAAGCUGCGGCAGGACCUGGAAGCAGAGCAUGUGGAGGUGGAGGACACGACUCUGAACCCUUGCACGACCAGCUUCCGAGUCCUGGUGGUGUCCGCUAAGUUCGAGGGGAAGCCACUGCUCCAGGGACACCGGCUGGUGAACGAGUGUUUAGCUGAAGAGUUCCCGCACAUCCAUGCCUUUGAGCAGAAAACUCUGACCCCAGAGCAGUGGACCCGACAGCGGCGGGAAUGAGGGACCCAGGCCUGAACAAGCAUUAAAUUUUAAACCUGGAAAAAAAUAAUAAAAAAGAAAAGGAAAGAAAACUAAUCAUAAAAGAAGGAAGAAUAAAUUUAAGACUCUUCAGGUUUUCUGCAAGUGUAAAAUUACAUGCACGCACGCACGC